AUGAUCAGCGAGAGGAAAGCCCUGCUGGAGAAAGCUUUUCCAGAAGUCCUGCUCUUCUGUCGGGGUCUGGGACUGGUCUUUGAGGCAUUACUGGGGAACAGGUACGGCCACCGAGCUCUUCCUCGACUUAUUUCAGAAAAACAAUUUGAAGUGUAUUUGUCCAAACUCUCCCAAACCCCUGAGGGCAUCAAGCAACUGCGGCUGUGGUUCCGAAAGGACACAAAUGCUGUCCCACCCACCUAUGUCCUGCAGCCAAUUACAGCUCACUUCCCUUACUACUGUGAUCUUCGACCUGAAAGUGAGCAGCAGCACAACCAGGAUGUUGAUUCCUGGCGUUUCACUGAGACUCAGUUGCUGCAACUUCUCCGUUCGGCUGCAUCAGAAGCUGAAGCUGAAGGAGAAAUCACAGCCGAGCAGAAACAGAGCUUCUACACUUCAGUCACAGCGCAAGAGUUGGAACAGGGUUUAUGGAUUGGAGACCACCCUCCGAAUGCACUGCUGUUCCUCAGAGAGAAUCCCAAACAGAAGAAACAGAAGGGGAAGGAAUGGCCCAAACGGCUCGCCAAAUUCAUGGAUGCCACUGCCAACAUGCUGCUGGACCCUGAGUCUCAGAAACUCCUGGCAGAACUAAAGUCACAGCUGUAUGCUACCUCACAAAAGACCACCAACCUUCACUGUGUGGAGCUCAGCAGAGGAAUCAUUGACCCAAAGCGCAAAGAGCAUGCUCAGUACCUGGACAGUCUGUGCCAACAGUUCAUCUCUCAGAUGAAAGCUAGGAUCGAAGCGGUGGUGAGUUUAAGGACAACAGAAAGUCAAAAGAAGAUAUUGGGGAAUGUUGAGGAGGACGAGGACAAAUUAUCUUUGGUGCUUGAAGAGGCAAAGCAGCACACCACCAUGACAGCUGAACUAUGUGAAGGUCUGCAUGGUAGAGAGGGAAUUCUGGGAAAGAUCUGCCUUGCGAUGUGGGAGUCUGGCCAAAAAUGCCACAGCCCACUUGUGGUUCAUGGAGCUGCAGGGAUGGGGAAGACGGCUUUGCUUUGCAAAGUAGUCCGAGAGAUGCAACGGGUCCUGGAGACCAGGGUGGUGCUGGUGAUCAGGUUUCUAGCAGCACAUCAUCCCCAGAGACCUGCCCUGGACCAAGUCCUUCACAGUAUUUGCCUGCAGGUGAGCUCCGCUUGUGGUUUGGUUCCACCCACACCCAUGACAGCAGGUAGUCCUACAGAGCUGCAGAAGUUCUUUAGGAACAUCCUGGAGGAGGCCUCUCAGCAGGGUUAUACUCUGCUCAUUGUCUUGGAUGCUUUGGAGCAGCUUGCAGAACAGCAUCACAGCCACAAGCUGCACUGGAUACCUACCAACCUGCCACCCAAAGUCCACCUACUGGUCUCCAUGGAUACCUGCAGUGAGGCAUUUGUGAACAUGCGGCUGAAAACAGACUCUCUGGAGAAUUUCUUUGAGGUAGAGCGUUUGUCUCGAGAUGAGGGUGAACGUAUCAUGGAGUCACACCUGCGAGCAUCACAGCGAACACUGACUGCUGAGCAGAAAGACGUGGCGCUGCAGAGCUUUACUCUAACCGGCUGUCCACUUCACCUGAAGCUGAUCCUGUCUGCUGUCCAAAAUUGGACAUCCUUCACCCCGCUGACUGAGCAGCUGCUGGGCAACAACACAGAGGAAGUGAUGUCACAGCUGCUGCACAGACUGGAGCACAAACACAGGAAGGAGCUUGUGGGCGGAGCUUUGGGAUAUAUUGCUUUAGCAAGUUCAUCAGCUGUGUCACUUCACAGAGACGGCCUGCUGGAAGCCGAACUUUACGAUGUUAUGUCUUUGGAUGAUGAUGUCAUCAGUGAGGUAUACAGGUACACCCAUCCCCCCACUCCUUCACUAAUUAGGUUGCCACCCCUCCUCUGGGCCCGGCUCAAACGGGAUCUCAAGGACCACCUGGAGGAACGUUGGACCAAUGGAGUUGCUGUUAUCGCCUUUAACCACAGAUGUCUUUCAGAGGUGGUUUUAGGCCACUAUCUGACAUCAGAAAGACAGGGUAGAUGCCACAAGAUUCUUGGGGAGUACUUUCUCGGUCGAUGGUCGGGAAAGCUCAAGCCGGUGGCGCUGCCAGGUCUAUCCCUGCUGCUGUCUGACAGAAAGGUCCCGCCCCAGCCAUUGUGGUUUGCUCCUGGACUGGCUAACAUAAGGAAGCUUCAAGCGUUGCCCCAUCACCUGCUGCACGCUGGCCUAUGGGAGGAGCUACGACAGGAAGUCAUAAUUACUACAUGGACUAAUUACUCAUUCAAGUUUGAGUCUCUGGUGUCCUACGCGUCUGCAGGCAGCGCUGAAUGGCUGUUCUGCAAGACCAGUGUGUGCGGUGUCUCCAGUGUGAUCCACGACCUGGACCAGUGCUCCCAGUACAUGGACUGCACAGAAACGGGCCUAAUCAGAGACGCUCUGGUCUUGAUAAAGCCGGGUCUGGACUUCCUGGACGGUCGCAUGUCUCUGUUUUAUGGCGAGCUAUUGGCCCGACUCUCCGCCCUGUCCGCAGUUUUCCCCUCUCUGGUUGGUCGGCUCUGCAGCCAGAUCAACGACUGGUUCCUGACGUGUGCAGAGCCGGUUCUCAUCCCAAAAUGCAGUUUCCUGCAGCAACCAGGGGGGGCGCUGCAGCACACUCUGAACACUCGAAAUGCAGGCGUGCUCUGUGUGGACGCCAGCACUGCUCUGCAGAUGCUGGCUGCAGGGGCAGAAGACGGGGGGGUGACGGUUUGGAGCCUCGAGGACCAGCAGCUGCUGCACGACCUGCUGGGACACUCAGCUGCAGUUCUGACAGUGAAGCUCGAGCACAGCGCCCCCUCCUGCCUUUCCGUGGCCGCUGACGGCUCUCUGAGGAGGUGGAGCCUGAAAAACGGCCAACAGCUGCUCUGCAUCCAGGAGGCGGCUCCUCCAGACUCCCCGCCCUCAUCAGUUCACCUGCAUCUGUCAGAGGAGCUGCUGUUUGUUUACACCAAGACACAGGUGAAGGUGUGGGGGCUGGAUGGAGCCGAGCUCCAGCCCUUCAGCAGCCGAGAAGACGCCUCUGUGGUCCUGGGGAUUCUGGGAGAAUCUGUGGUGUUCCUGUGUGACAAAAGCUGGGUCCACAUUUCUCAUCCCGUUGACAGAACUCGGAGCACGAAGACUCGGCUGGAGGACUCGGAGAGAAGGGUGACUGUGGUGACGUCUGUGACGUCCCCCAGGCGGGGGAAAGUGUUAGUGGUCUCUGAGGAGGGUUUCCUCUAUCAGAUCUGCAGGAGCAACAAACUCUCAGCCGCUGAGUUUCCUCUGCGACCAUCUUUGAUUUUCAUUUCAGAGGAUGAAAUGAUUCUGGUGACAGGCUGCGAGCGCACUUUGAGCCUCUUCAGCAUCGAUACCAACCUGGCAGAUCCAAUCCUGGAGCUGCAGCACGACGCCGCUGUCCUGUCCGCCUGCGUGUCCAAUGACAGCCAGCGGCUCGUCUCCGGAGCUGCAGACCAGCUAAUCAGAGUCUGGUCGGUGACCACAGGGGCGCUGCUAGACUGCCUCUGUGGUUCGGACGCUCCAGUUACCUCACUGCUGUUCUUCAGAGACCUUGUUGUUUCUGCAUCAUCCAGCAAGUCUCCAAUACAUCUGUGGAAUCUGAAGUAUGACCCCAGACUCAAGCCCCCCGCCCACAUUCCUGCUGGCUCCGCCCAUGCGGCCCUCAGCAGCGAUGGGAACCAGAUCUUCUACGUGCACCAUCAGAGCGAGAGAGAAGUCAUGAGCUGGAACGGUCAAACAGCAAUCCCCCCUCCAACAGGUUCUCUGGUGGAGCGUCUGGCCGUCUCUGCAGAGGUUUCCUGUCUGGAGCUGGCUCAGCACAAACGUCUGCUCCUCUGCGGUUUAACCAGUGGCACUGUCCUCAUCUACCCGCUGAGCCUCCCCCAGGAAACGCUCUGCACCCCCCCCCCAGAGAGCCUGUCGGGGGUGCUCUGCCUGGCCGUGAGCCCCCAGGAGAAGAACCUGGCGGUGGCUUACGAGGAUUCAGUGUGUCUGUUCGAGAUGGCCACCAGGGACAGCUUCCCCACGGUGGAGGGGCCCCUGAAGAGGUUCCCCCUGUCGCUCCUCCAUGCCCCCCUCUCCUGCAUGGCCCUGCUGCCCAACCGGAGGCUGCUGUAUGGGACCAGCUGUGGGAGCGUGGUGCUGAAUGGUUUUGGCGGCGGCGUUUCUGAACUACAGCCUCAUGGGAGCAAAGUGACUUGUGUGACGGCCAGCAACUGGGGGUCCCACGCUCUGGUGGGCUCCCAGGACGGCGUGCAGAGGCUGUGGGCCCUGAACCCACCAUCUCUGGACCACACCAUGGAGCACAAGGUGAGUGGGGGUCUGAUUGGAGAUUGAAUGAGAUGACAACACACUGUUAGAAAUGUUCAGAGGCUCUGCUCUGCCAUCAUGUCAGGGUUUCUUCUUCCACGGCGUGAUCUCUGCCGCCUUCUCUGAGAGCGACCAGUUCGUCUUCACUGGAUCUGAAGACAGAACCAUUAAAAUUUGGGACGUGGCAUCAGGUAAGCAGAUGGACUGAUUAAAGGUUGGAAAAUGCUCUUUUUUUGGUCCAA